ACUUAACCAACAUUCUGCAGUAAAUGCAAAUCAUACUAUCCGUGAAGAUUAUCCCUCUUAGCACACAUUCAAUCCUAAAGGCCUUUCAAGCAGCCUAACUCAAUCUCUAUUCCAAUAUGGCUUCGCAAAACCCCACUCCAUACCCGUUCCAAUUCGACCCCUCCGAUCACAUUGAAACACACAAUAAUACCACCACAUUGACACUCAAGAAUGUCCGCGGCAAAAUCCCAUCUGCACAGACCUCUAGUCUACGUACAAUGUGGCUAGAAGCUCACCAAGAUCCUACCAAAAUCAUAGCCCAUCCCUGUGGCUACGACGGCCUUUCUGCACGACUGAUAGAGGAAGCUGGCUUCCCUAUGAUAUUCAUUUCCGGAUUCGCAGUGGCAGCCUCUCAUGGUCUCCCGGAUACCGGGUACAUCGCCAUGGGAGAAAUGUCCGCCCGAAUCCAGGAAAUAGUUCGUGUGACGAGUAUACCUAUUAUGGUGGAUGGAGACACCGGGUACGGGAGUCCUAUGAAUGUGCGACGCACUGUGGAGUGUUUUGCUGCGGCGGGUGCAGCGGGCGUGAUGAUUGAGGAUCAGACAUGGCCGAAGAGAUGCGGCCACACAAAGGGUAAAUCGGUUGUAUCUCGAGGCGAAGCCUACGCGAGGAUACAGGCUGCUGUUGAUGCACGUAAUCAGGGACGGGAUAUUUUUAUCUUGGCAAGGACGGAUUCAUUGAUCCACGGGUGGGACGAAGCGAUGACUCGGGCGAAAGAGUUCAAGCGCUUAGGAGCAGAUGGCGUCUUUGUUGAGGCGUUACCUGACAAAGAAGCUAUGAGGAAGUGCGCAGAGGAACUGGAUAUCCCUUUGCUUGCUAAUAUAAUUGAGGGCGGAAAGUCAGAGAACUUAUCUGCUAAGGAGCUAGCAGAGUUGGGGUUUGCAGCUGUCGCAUACCCCUGGACGCUGGUAGCUGCAAGGCUUAAGAGCAUUCGGGAGGCUUUGGAUGGACUAAAGCGCAGUCUAAUGACUGGGGCUCCACCUAUGAUACUUGGGUACUGUGAUGUCUGUGAGGGUGUUGGGUUCAACAAGUAUUGGGAUUUGGAGUCAAGAUAUGAGUAUGAUGAGGAAGGUCUCACAAACCCUCCCAAAGCUGCUUGAUCAUGACACCACCUACAUCAAAUGGGAACUUGCCUGGCUGAAUUUCCCGAAGUUGGCUCCGCGGACAUGCACUCUGAAUAUCGAUGACCCGGACUCUUGCCUAGCUCAGCGCGAAUACUACAAAACAAUGAAUUAGGGAAUAGCACUGAUAUAUGAUAUC